AUGAAUUCUCAAUAUCGUUCCUCCCAACAGCAACAACAGGGACGUAGUAAAAAGAAAGAUGAAGAUCCUGCGGACUUCAUGCGACUCUCUGAAAAGGAGAUAGCAUCAUGUAUCAGCGAGAUGGGGAUUCCAUUCCAGCCCUCGGACCUCCUCAAACCUAAUCCUCAAGUUAUUCAGAUGGUUUUCGAACACCUGGGCGAACUAGUGAUGAAUGCGACUCGCGACGCGAUUGACCCUGCUAUGCGCGCAGCCUCGGAAGAUGUCUGCGCAGAGUUUCCAGAACUGGUUCCGACUGAGACAAGACUUCUGAUGGGGUUCUUCAUUCAAUUACGUACGAUGCUGGAACAGUGCGGCAUCAACGACUUCUCAUUCAACGACCUCGUCCGCCCGACGCAUGACCGACUGGUCAAGAUCUUUUCAUACACCAUCAAUUUUGUCCGGUUUCGAGAGACCCACACGAACGUAAUAGACGAGAAUUUCAACAAGGCAGAAACGACAAAAGCGCGGAUUGAGACAUUAUACACCGAGAACCAGGACAUGGAGCAGAGGCUGGAAGAGAUGAAGCGCAACCGGAAAGCCAUGGAGGUUGCGGUCAAAGAAAAGAUGCGGCGGAACGACGAGUUGAAGGCCCGCUUGCUCGAACUGCGUAAGGGGCAGGAAAGGGUUGCCGAGCAACUCGAACGAGCAAAGGCCGAAAAGAGCCGUGCGCAAGCAUUGCUUGAAGAGAAGACUGAGCGAUUGGUGAGGGCACGGCAAGACAGCGAGAAGCUGAGACCAUAUGUUCUGCAGAGUCCAGCUGCACUUCAAAGUGCUCUUACAGAAUUGUCGGAAAACCUGAUGCGGGAGAAGAGCCAGAUCGACGCGCUAGAGCGAAGGGGGCGUGCUCUGCAGACGUCGGGGGACAGCUUCACAGUCGUCCAGAACGACGUACAAGCAUGCGUUAAGGUGCUGGAGGAGAUCGCGGUGGAAUUACAAAAAGAAGAAGAAGAAGAUGCCCGCGCGGCUAAGAACAGAGAUGCUCUGGCUGAACGAGGCAACAAUGUUCGAGAGGUCGAACAGAAUGAGAAGCUGUUACAGAGGCAGCUCAAGAAGUGGGAAGAACGGACAGAAGAACUGCGAAGGAAACACAAAGAACGAGACGAAGCAAAUAAAGCCAAGAUGGACGAGCUGAGGGAGACGCAGCGGCAGCUUCGGGACGAGAGGGCCGAGAAAGGUCGCGAGAUGGAGAGACGCAGAGUGAGGAUUGAACAGACGGAAAAGAAGAUGGCUGAUCUCAAGGACAACAUCGAAAACGAAGUACACUCGGCUCACGAGGAGUACCUGAAGCUCGAAUCGCACAUAGGGCUGUACAUCACAGAGAUGGAACAGAGCAUCUAA